AUGUCGCAGCUGGCACCAGCAUAUCGAGCCCAACUGGCUUCACAGUCAUCAACAUCUGAACAGCAGAAAUCUCAAAAGCAGCUGCAGCCGGCUGUUCCUUCGUAUGUCCAUUUCUUGGCUGGAGGGAUUGGAGGAACAGUUGGAGCUGCUGUGACAUGUCCGUUAGAGGUAGUCAAGACGCGAUUACAGUCAUCAUUAUACCAUAGUCCGCAAGACCAAAUACAGCAUAGAAACCCAUUACGGGCUGUAUGGGGUCAUGUUAGAGGUGUCGUGUCUAUACUAGUGCAAAUACAACAAAAGGAAGGAGUGAGGGCGCUUUUCAAGGGGUUGGGACCGAAUCUUAUUGGUGUCGUGCCAGCUAGAGCCAUAUAUUUCGGUGUAUACAAUCACGGAAAGGCCUUUUAUACCCAACUCAAUAAAGGACAUGAGACGUCCAUUGUACACAUGUCGUCCGCUAUAACGGCUGGAACGGUUGUUGCUACUGUGACUAGUCCUAUAUGGCUUGUGAAAACUAGAAUGCAACUGCAAUCAGAAGUAGGCCAUUUGGAAGGUGGACCAAGAUACCGAAAUAGUUUCCAUUGUUUUUAUGUAGUUGUUAGGAAUGAGGGGAUACGAGGACUGUAUAAAGGGUUGACUGCUAGUUACCUCGGACUGGCUGAAUCAACACUACAAUUUGUUACAUAUGAAUAUUUGAAGAAGGCGAUAGUAGAGAGAAGGAGUAGACAGAGAGAGUUGUUAGAUGCACAGAAUUCUAAUUUUAUUAAUCGAACGGGGUCGUCACAGAGGACACCGAUGGAAUGGUUGGACACAUUCCUAGUAGCAGCAGGCGCGAAAUUGAUGGCUGCUAUUGUUACAUAUCCUCAUGAGGUGUUACGAACACGCAUGCGCCAAAACCCAGACUCGAACGGAAUCUCCAAAUACCGCGGUAUCAUAUCAUCAACGAAACUGAUAUACCAAGAAGAAGGCAUACUUGCUUUUUAUGGUGGAAUGACGGCUCAUUUGAUGAGAGUUGUGCCUAAUGCCGCUAUACUGUUUUUGUGUUAUGAGGUGGUGGUGUCGCUUGCAUCGUCUUCAACUGAUUCCUUACCUACGACAAGUAGUAGUGCAAUUAAAAGCAAGUCAUCAUCAUAG